ACCGGUGGCUCAGUCUCGGCUCGUCCGGGCUGAAGGCAACACGGUUGCGCAAAUCAUCGUCACGCGAACGAUCCGAGCCCCGGGAGACGUUCUAAAGAUAGAAAACUGGAACCGUGACCACGAGAACGUGUUGGAAAAUCGCGAUAGGUCCUUGGAAGCCGCGUUGGAAACGGCGAAUGAACGGCUCCGCCGACAGCAGUCGCGCCUACUCGGAACGAGGAACGCACGUACAGACACACGCGGAACGAAAACUUGCUCCUCUGGGAAAAGGAUGCGUCGCUGAAGAUACUGGCGCGCGCUAACCAUAUAUUCUCUCGGCUCUCUCUUCCUUCGACCGAAACGAGGAAGAGGGAACAGAAUGCAGAAGCAGCGCUCCGCUGACCAACGAGCCAGGACCUAUUUAAAACAAGGGAAGGACAAUCGUAGCUCGUGGCUUGUAAAUCGUGCGAAUCGAUUCGGUUGACGGUUCGUCGGGGAUCAGAGAAACCGUGUUUCAUCCAUCCACCAGUCCUCGAGAUACUUUUACACCGAGCUUCUCGCCCCAAACCAACCCGAGAUGUACUUAUCGUCAGAAUCUUAGGAGUGAAACUUUAUAGUAUACGCGUUCGUGCACCCGUGAUCGUUAAAAAUAUUUCUAGUUAACGUACACGUCGAUUCAACGGUCUUCCAAUACCCAGUGAAAAGUUAGUAAAAUAUUACGCCGCGGUCGUUCUACUAGAAUAUUUCGACAAAGCAUCGUUGCAUUCGAUGCAGCCGGAGAAAAGACUCGAAAGAACCGUGGUUCGUUGUUACUUGGUGAUUCGUCUUGACAUUCGCAGAGGAUAAAGCAUAUUGGAGGAGGAACGAGUUUCCCGUUUUUCGCGUGUAUCUUGAAUGAACUUUAAAUGAAAAAUUAUCAACAACGGAGACCAGCAGGAGGACGAAUGGAUUUGAACUUUUCGCUUAAACGUAACAGUUUCGAUUUCGACGACGACGACGUCGACGACGACGACGACGACGACGGCUACGGUAACUUCGAAUGGGACGCCAGCGAUCGAACAACACGUUGCAUCGUAUCGAUUAUUCGUAAAGUGGUAACCAAGUGGUGAGGAGCGACGGAUCAUAAAUGACUAGCCUUUUUCUUAAUACGUUAAAUCCUUCGGGGCAAAAAUCCAGUGAAACGCUUCAGCGCGAGUGAUUCGAUGAAACCGUGGGAAACCAGCUGGUUGCCCGCCGCUUGAUUAAAGUUUGCUCGUCCGUUUUUCGGCCGGAUCGAUUUCCGUGCGAUUGGUGUCUGUAGAUUGCAUGGUCGAAGCGAGUCGAAGAUCAACGAAGCUUCGUACAGAGUUGAAGAUUUUUCCCGCUCGAUCCGGCUAAAUCUACUAAUUGUUCUCCAAGGUAAAACUCUAUUCCCGAAGAAGAAAGCAACAGACCACCGAUACUCGACAUGGGCUGCGAACUCAGCAAAUUGGCCACACCGAAUCAACCUACCACGGACCCACGGCUUCCGUUAACAGCGAAACAGAAAUUUACGGUUAUGGCCAGUUGGAAAGCGGUCUCCAGAAAGCUAGAAACGACCGGUGUCUUUAUGCUCAUGAGGUUGUUCGAGGAAAACGAGGAAUUGGUGCAAAUGUUUUCGCGUUUUCUCGACUUGAAAUCGAAAGAGGAGCGCUUCGAUAUGGUAGAAUUGGGCAAACACGCGGAAAAAGUAAUGGCUGCUCUGGACGAAGGUAUCAGAGGACUCGACAAUAUGGAUGAUUUCCUCACCUGUCUUCAUCAAGUCGGAGCCACGCAUACAAAGAUUCCUGACUUUAAUCCACAGUACUUUUGGAAAAUCGAGCAACCAUUCUUAGAAGCCGUGAAGCGAACUUUGGAAGAUCGAUACUCGGAGAACGUGGAGAGCACCUACAAAGUGACGAUCAAAUUCAUCAUCGAAACGUUAAUCGACGGUUUCGACAAAGCUCAGAACGACAAAGCGCAAAGCGGCACUGCUAAAUCCUAGUCGUCUUAGCCUUUUCGUUUGUAAGGAACAAAACUGAUUUGCCGAUUCGCCGAUCGCUUUUUCUAUCGGCAGUCGUAGUUUUCGAGAAGAAACCGAGAUUCGAAAGCAAUGAGAUCGAUACCAUCGAUGAGAACGAUUAAAUCAGCCGAUGGCGCGAUCGUUCGUUUGUUGCAAAGUAUGUAUAAAAAAAAAAAGUAUGUAUGUUUCUCCGGAUUCUCUGAUCCGCGAUGCGCGAUCGGUACGAUCGAACGUAUUCGAUGGAAGCGAGACAGAGAUAAAUCUUUGUGUAACUUUUUCUUUACAGAGGCACAAACGGAUGGAUGCCCUAUGGCUUGUAGUUAGGUUUGAAAUCUUUUUCCUUCGAGCAGGUCUCGAACAUGGAAAUGGCUAUGAUUAUCGUAUCUCGUUCACUCUCUUGACGGCCAAAGAAAACGGAUAACGCGUUCUCGUUUGACGUUUCUGUAAACUCGCAACUCUGCGGAAGAAAGCUUUUCAUCGUUUAAUUAUUUGUAUCGGUCGAACACGAUCCCGCAGUCUCCUCUCGCGAUUAUUCAUAUACACGUACGUAUACUUGUAUUAUUAUAUACGUAUUCACAACAUAACGCGUACAUGUUGUUUGAACAUGAUACGAAAUACGAAAGUUUCGGGAUGAAAUGGUUCGGCAGGUUGUAAAAGGGAGCAAAGAUUCUACAAAAAUAGCGUUACCUUAUUAUUCGAUGGAUCCUCGCUUCGCCGCGCUAUCGAUUAUGGAAUUUCAGCCAUGUAUAUAUGGUACACACACGUAUCAAGGAUCGUUUCAAUCGGGCGAAUUGACUGCCAGCAAUUACGAUUAGCAGUUAUUCACGUUGAAAAGUUUCCGCGAAAUAUUUAUUCACGAAAACACUCGAAUACGGAAAUCUGAAAUCUUAGCUCUGUCCAACUUGUACAAGUUAAAAGAGAGAAAAGUAACGCAACCAGAAAUGGACGAUCGUCGAUUUAGUUUGAUCCGUUCAGUUUCCUUUCAGUUUUUGCGAACAAUCUGAAUAAUCGAUCAAUCACUGACUAAUCAACUAACAUAAAUAUAAGACAAUAUCCUUGCGCGAGAAUUUUAUUAUCACCAAACUUUAGAUUUUAAAUAAAUUUCAAUAUCUCUCUAAUAUCAUAUAUAUACAUCUAUAUUUUAUAUUUUACAUCGUACAUUAUAUACAUAUUUUGUAUCUUGUGAGUAUAAAACAUACUUUUUCUUUUUAUAUUAGAUACAGAGUAACGAAAUUAUAAUUUCUAGAAAAACGAGAAACCCUCGAACAAAACCCUUCUUUGCUCGUUAAUGCACGUAUUAGCGAGGGAGAAGGCAAAGAUACUUUUUCCUAUCGAAUUACAGGAUGAAGUUUUAUGAUGCGCUUUAGAAACAUAGAGGUUUAGCGGAAUUAGAGGAAUGAGAGUAUACGUAAUACGUAAAUAAGUUGACGAUGUUAAAAGCGAUUUUAACAAGAUUUCAAUUUUGGCAAAAAAUAAGCUUUUAAGAAACGACAAAGUAACGUGAUAUUAACAAAAACACGAUAAUCCGAAUGACGAUAGUAUUGCGAUAAGAGUUGGUUUUAACAUUUUUUACUGAAAACGAUAUAAAAAGAUAGUUGUACACGGGCUGGAUAUAUCCAUCCUAACCAUCUCUAUUCUUCCUACAUCCUUCCCCUUCUUUCAUAGUUUCUCUUUCUUUUAAACCAAUUUAUCCUUUUACAGCUGUAUCGUACUUUGUUUGGCUUAAAAAUUCAUCGAAAAGGUUUACAACGGUUGAAAGCUUUAUAAUUAAAGCUGUAGCCCAAACGCAACUGAAACGAUUUCACACACACACACACAUCUGGCUCUCGAUAGACGCUCGAUGACUGAUACGAGAAUAGCGGUUACCUUGAACCAAUCAAAGUCGAUCGUCGCUUUUAUUUACGAGAACCUUGGAUUACAUAAAUCACGUAGGACACGUUUCUAUCGCUCGUGAUACGAAAUAGUCGCAACGUGAGACCAUAUAACGAGACGAAUCACGGGACAUAAGAAAUUCGAUCCAACGGAAAAAUAUAUCUUUCUAUUAAUUUAUUUCGAUCCAUGAUUCGAUCAACUAUAUGUGUAGAUACAAAAAGAGAAAAGUAAAGGUAAUUUGAAGCGGUGUAAGGUAAUCACGGGUAAGAAUAUCAAGUUCAACCGGUUUCAAUUACUUUCUGCGAAUCUUGAAUCUUUCGUUGCCCUUAUAUACGUGUAUAUGCGAAAGUAAAGAAAUCAACGUUACAGAGCGUAUCAUCUCGAGACAUGGAAAUACGAAUUAUCGUAAAAUGGAAAAAGCAUUGGUAUUUGCGUAUCACGUACCAUAUAUUUCACAUACGAGAUAUAUAUACGUACACAUGUUCGAUGGGGAAUUACGAAUCGUGUUUCGUUAUAUCUGCCACAACCAUACACAGCUGUCGUUGAUUCGUGUGUCGCGGAGCGUUUCAAAGUCGCCUCGUUACAAGCGACAGCAAUAUUGGAAAGUGCUACAACGGAUAACAAAGAAAUCGAUAACCUGUAUUCUAUGAAAGCACAGAAUCCCAUUAGGCCGUUCAUAACCGUAAUAAGAUGCAAUGGCGCACGUGUGCGUGCAACAUCAUAGAUAAGUGGUGCGAUCGCAACUAGAGGUUAGCUUUCCCAAAAUCCGAUCUAUCGGACCAUAUUCGGCUGGUUUGGAUAAACGAACCAGCAGAAGAUCGAUCGAAUGGAAAUGCCGAUAAGUCGCUGUUAGAAUGGACCAACCUUUUCGGAUUAGAUAUAUCAUCGAAAAUAAUAAUUACGAUUACCGCGAAAAUUAUCGCCAUGCUUGCGAUCCAAAGUGUUGGCGAAUAAAUGACGCACUUUUACAUUUUUAGUCGCCGCAAUUUUCAAGAUAACGUUCCAACUGUUGCUCCGAUUGUUCUUUUUUUCUUUCUUUUUUUUUUUCAAAACGCGUUCCGAACCACGAUCGUAUGAAAAUUUGCAGAUCCAUCUAUCUAAUUAUAUCAAUGCCUUAUCGUUAAUUUCACGAUGUAGCUAUUUCUAUCGAUGGGUUAUAAAAAUCGUGACCUGUAAAAUUUCUCGACCGUACGAAACAAUGUUUCGCUCUGUGUACACGUAUAUACUUUCGCGAACAACCGUAGAACAUGCGUUGAUCGUCUUAGGACUUGUAUUGUUCGCAACUCGGCAUACAAAGAGUAAGUAAAUCGAGGCACACGAUACAAUACAUGCGAUAUGUAUAGUUACGGUUGUUUGGAGCAUCUAUUUUCGAAAUUAAUCGAAAUACAGGUUACUGUACGUCGAAAACUCGUAUAUGUAUUACAUGGUAGAAUAAUAUUGUACUAUUAUACGAUCCCGCAAUAACCUUGCACUUAUCCCCCUAUCGUGCAUUACCAUUUUACAAAAUUACAAAUUCUUAGUAGCUUUUAUGUAAAAAAAAAAAUUGUAUUCGUUAAUGUACAAUGUUAAAAGUUUAAAAAUGCAAUGUAACAUUUAAUCGUACUGAAACAAUACAAAAUAUCUAUUUAAAACACACACACACACACACACAUAAAAGCGUACCGUACGUACCGUACCGCUUAUUCUACAUUUGCCUCUAUAAAUAUUACACUAUUUUUUCUAAUAACAAAAUACGAAACAGACUAAUUAUUUCUAUUCCUGAAGCAAUAGUUAAUUUUCUACGAUUCACGUACAACGUGUAGAAACGCAAAUUUGAUAACUCUGAAGAGCGAACCAAGCGAAUUCAAAGAAAGCCAUUACGUCGAUCGAAGGAACAAGUUAGAACGAGAGAAUUGUAAUACAAGUAAGUAGCAAUGAAUAAAAAAUUCCAAAUAAAACUCGACAUCCAGAGAUUGCAGAUUUAUAUACCUAUAUAAUAUAAUAUGUGUAUAUGUAACGAUAAUAUUAUAUUGUAUACAUAUAUUCAUUACUAUACGAAUAAUUAUUUUCUACGAAUUCUUGAUUACUUCGUUGUGCAAAUUGUAUUUACCUCGUAGGAAGUAAUUCAACGGCCAAGCGUCAUUGGUAGCGAAUUAACGAUACCUUGAAAAUUCUAUAAUCGAUUGAGAAGCAAAAUAAACAUCAGUGUCUCCCCUACCCGACUCUCGCCUGUGUAAAUCCUCCAUCAUGAUAUUGCUAUCCAUAUACGGAUCAGCUCCGUUAUUUGCAGAUAAUACAGGAACGUGUUUCCAUCGUAGUGACAUCAUUUUUGUAAUUAAAAAACAUACUAUAUAUGUAUACGGAUGCGUGUAACCUUUGACCGUCAAAAGACAACUAUGUAGAUUUUUAUCCGCGAUUAAAAACGAAAAGUAUGCGAACAUUGGGACGUGUGCUUUCGCGCAAUGUCAAUUUCCCACGUGGUUCUUAAAACAUGGAACCGCUUUAUUUCUAUAUCUUCCAUGCCGUAUAUACUCAACUAUCUCCGAUUUCUCUCUGAGGUCAAUUUAUUUCUGUCGCUCGUUGUCGAGGAUAUCGAAUCGUCGUCGGUUUUUCUAACAAUUACGAGUCAAUCGUCUAUCAGUUACUAGAGAACGUGUUACGUACACGGAACAGAAACCUGUCCGCAGAAAUACGCGUUUCCAAAAUCACGUGUAUUCCGUUAAAAUCGCACCUACUAACGCCAAUUCUUUACUACCGCUACGCGUGUAAAUAACAAAUAAAACUGUCGCGUUUCACUUCGAAUUACAGCCGAUAGAUUGCCGGCUAUCGAUAAACAUCGUUUAAAAAAGAAAAAAAAAAAGACUAUCCAUGUACGUACGCAAUAAUUCGUUUGCACUAAAACGCUGGGUCACCAUUUAUCGACAUGUAAAUAAUAAAUAAUAUUUGUAUUUUUUCCGCCGUUCUCUCUUCUUCGAGCGAAUAUUCGCCAAGUCUUCCGAAACAUUCUAACGCGAUAUACGCAACAUUAAAGUAACUUCAACAAAACUCAGAACAUAUUAGGUAAUAGUACGUACAAAAUAAGUCAGACGAGGCCUACUUUAUCUAUUAAAAAUGCGAUCACGACUCGGCCCAACGUAUCCUAAAAUUGUUCCUUGACGAGCGAGAAACAGAAAUGACGAGUACUUUGCCCCAGAGAGAAAAUACGUGUUCGAUACUAGGAGGGGAAGAAACGUAAUACACGAUCUUCCGGCAUUGACAACUUGGAAUAAUUCGUUUGCACUUGCGCGCAACAACGCAACUACGUCGAUGUGUAAUUAACAUUUCGGUAUUACAGUAAUACGGUAUCGAUACAGCGAAAACUUUUCUCAGUUUCGUAUCUUAUCCAGUGGUGAAUGCCGAUUUUCAAACUGUCCGACUUGACAAAAUUGCUAACGAUGAAUUCAUUCACGAUCGUGUACGAUGUAAGCACGAUCGCGUACAUAACGAAAAGAAAGAUCGACCGACAAAGUAAGAAAACAGCCCUUCGCGGUUCGAUAACUCAACUUCUUUUGUUAUAGGUUGAAAGAAAUUGUUUUCAGACACACGAUUCUCUCGUUAAUUUUCCGUAAAUGUAACUCGAUCGCUGUUGAUUACGCUGCUGAUACGACGUAUGUAUUUCAUUGAAAACCGUCUUAGAACAAGUAUCGUUUGAAAGAAGCACCGUGCCGCUAUGGCAAAUGUUGCAUGAAAUGAUUAUUUAGAAAAUCUACAUAAAAUUAUCGGUACACGAAACA